AUGACGGUUUCAUACACCCUCAAAGUGGCAGAAGCCCGCUUCGGAGGCUUCUCCGGCCUACUCCUGCGCUGGAGGGGCAGCAUCUACAAGCUCCUUUACAAGGAGUUCCUCCUCUUCUCUGCCCUCUACGCCAUACUCAGCAUCGCCUACCGGCUGCUGCUGACCCAGGAGCAGAAGCACGUGUAUGCCCAGGUGGCCCGGUACUGCAACCGCUCCGCAGAGCUCAUCCCCUUGUCCUUUGUCCUGGGUUUCUAUGUCACGCUGGUUGUCAACCGCUGGUGGUCUCAGUACACCAGCAUCCCGCUGCCGGACCAGCUGAUGUGCGUCAUCUCGGCCAGCGUGCACGGCGUGGACCAGCGCGGCCGCCUGCUCCGCCGCACCCUUAUCCGCUAUGCCAACCUGGCCUCGGUGUUGGUGCUGCGCUCGGUGAGCACCCGCGUGCGCAAGCGCUUCCCUACCAUGGAGCACGUGGUGGACGCAGGUUUUAUGUCCCCUGAAGAGAGGAAAAACUUUGAGAGCCUGAAAUCCGACUUCAACAAGUACUGGGUCCCCUGUGUCUGGUUCACGAACCUGGCGGCCCAGGCCCGAAGGGAUGGGCGAAUCCGUGAUGACAUUGCUCUCUGUCUCCUUCUGGAAGAGCUCAACAAGUACCGUGCCAAGUGCAGCAUGCUCUUCCACUACGACUGGAUCAGCAUCCCUCUCGUCUACACUCAAGUGGUGACCAUAGCUGUAUACUCCUUCUUCGCUCUCACUCUGGUUGGCCGGCAGUUUGUGGAGCCAGAGGCAAGGACUGAAGAACCUCGGGAGCUUGAGCCAUCGCCAGCCCUGGGGGACCUGGACAUGUAUGUCCCUCUUACCACACUACUGCAGUUCUUCUUCUAUGCUGGCUGGCUCAAGGUGGCAGAACAGAUCAUCAACCCCUUUGGUGAGGAUGACGACGAUUUUGAGACUAAUCAACUCAUAGACCGCAACUUGCAGGUGUCCCUACUGUCUGUGGAUGACAUGUACCAGAACCUGCCCCCCGCGGAAAAGGAUGCAUACUGGGAUGAGGACCAGCCACAGCCGCCCUACACAGUGGCCACGGCAGCCGAGUCGUUGCGGCCUUCCUUCCUGGGCUCCACCUUCAACCUGCGAAUGAGCGAUGACCUGGAGCAGAGCAUGCAGGUGCAGGCAUCCCCGAGGUUGGCCGGGCCCGUGCCCGCUACGCAGACCCCACUACUCAGCCGCUUCCUAGGGGCAGGCGCACCCUCUCCCGCCGUCAGCCUCCGAAACUUUGGGCGACGAGUUGUCCCGCGGACCCCUCACUUGCUGCGCUUCAGAGGUGAGGAGGGAGGAGACUCAGAGACUGCUGAACGCAUUGAGGAAGAAGCAAUGGUGGAGUCCCAGGAUGAGCCUCUGGAACCCUGAGACUCUCACCCAUCUGUCCUAAGGUUGCCCCCAAGGUGGCUGGCCAGGGUGAGGGAAGGGAAAAGAACUUGGCAUCAAAGACCUGUAACUGGGCCACAAGGAGGGCACUCACUGCCUGGGGUGUGUCCAUUGCUGGACACCCCUGAGCUGAUGCAACGUAAGAAAUGUCAUUGGAAACAGCAGCUAUGCUCUUGGUCUUGGGAUGACAGCUUGAGUCAUGUAUGAAAAACAUGGAAGUGGAGGGAAUGAGGGAGGUAACAAGUUGGAUAAUAAAUGCACGUACUGCCUUACAUAUGAAACUGUAACCUCUCUGUACACCAUUUUUACAAUAAAUGAAAAAAAAGUAUGAAAGGCCACACUUCCUUGAUAACCUAACUAGAAAAGGUAGUGAAUGUACUAGAACUUUUAACUGUUAUGAGACUAUAAAUAUACACAUUAGCUAUCUUUAAAACUGAGCAUA